GCACUGCCCAAACCUCAAAUUAUUGCAAUCAAAGGAAGCCAGGGACGAGGUAUAAAACCUUCCUGGGGUGCAUCUUCCCACACUGCCCUGGCUCUGAGGCACGAGGACCAGCCAUGAAGGCUUUUCUGGUGGCCCUGCUGGCUGCAGCCCUGUGUGCCCAGCAAGCUUCCUCCCUGUUCUGCUACAUCUGUGACAAUGAACAUUCCAACUGGAACUGCAUGAAAACCUACAAGUGUGAGGACCAUGAGAAAUUCUGCACGACCACGUACAGCACUGCUGGAAUUGGCAAGGACAUGGGGUACCGCAUCACCAAGAAAUGCUCCGUGGACUGCCCGGAGACCAACGUGAAUUUUGGGAUGGCCGCCUACUCCACCAAGUGCUGCAAAACCUCCCUGUGCAACUUCAGCGGGGCCAACAGCAUCCGGAUCAGCUACCCCAUGGUGCUGCUGGGCCUCCUGGGGAGCCUCCUCUGCGUGCUCAGGGUGGGACUGUGAGCAGGGCUGGCAGCACAUGCCACCCCGAGUGAGAAACCUCAGCCCGGAGUUUCCUGGUUUAUUCCGAGACGUCGCUUCGCAUCCUAUUCCCCCCACCCUGUUGUUUUAUAUUAAUUUUUUUUUU